AUGGCAUCAUCUUUGAAGACGAAUGGUAUAUUUCCUGGGGAUCCGAUCGUGUUCGCGUCGGCAUCGAAGCCGAAGAGAACAUGGGCAAAAACGAGGAUGUUGAUGAGAUCAGACGGCACCCCAAUAGUCGCUCAAUGUUACACAACCCUUACAGCCUUUUUCGAGCUGAACCGAAGGUGUAGCCAUCUUGGAGGAAGUUUGCCCAUCGAAUGCUGUCUAUUCACUGAACCAUCAGUGCUAUCAAUUGCCAGAGCACCUAACUUUCAACAUUCGAUGGGGAUGGACACCGAGAAAAUGUAG